AGGCUCGUGGCCUCAUUAAGGGUUGGGCCCGGAUCAAGCCCAACCCGAAUAAGAUCUCACGGUUCUUUUUAUUGUAGCAGGACAUAAAGUGAGCAUGCCACAAGUUCCCAUAUCUCAGUAUUAAUGCUAUGCCGCAGAAGGGCAGAGAGACAGGAGCAAAAUGCAACUAGCAUCAGUGGUACCCACAGCUGCCUCUCUCUCUAAACAGGUUUUGCAGCGGAAUAACUUCAAGAUUUUUGGGGAGCUUGAAGCAAAUGGCAACUUGCACAAGCCAGAUAAGGUAAAGCUGUUGAGAUUCUUGGCCCCACAUCUUGUGGCUGCAGUUGUAGCCUUAUCUCCCAUCUCCAAUCCUCCUGUGUCAUUAGGGGAGACACUAGAUGUGCAUAAAGGCGCCACCUUGUUCCGGCGGUCAUGCAUCGGAUGCCACGAUGCCGGAGGAAACAUAAUACAGCCUGGCGCGACGCUCUUCUUGGACGAUCUUAAAAGAAAUGGAGUUGACACGGAAGAGGAAAUCUAUCGAGUUACAUAUUAUGGGAAAGGAAGAAUGCCGGUAAGAUUAAAAUUCAAGAAGAAACACCCUCUUAAGUCUCCCCGUUUUCGGGGUUGAGCACAUGACUUGUAGUCAUGAUAUUCAUCGCUCGACCAACUAGAUCAACCCGUCCUUGGGGUUUUCGAUAUUCAAACUUGACGAGGAUAACGCUGCCUGUGGUGUAGGGGUUUGGAGAGAAUUGCAUACCUAGAGGUCAGUGCACAUUUGGGCCUCGAUUGAGUGAAGAGGAGAUUAGUGGUUUUUAUUUCGUUUUCUAUUGUAAUUAAUACGCUACUUUUUGCUAAAUUUUCAAUAUUUUAUGUCAAU